GCYGUGCAGGAGCAGAGGGCGGCAGGCGAGGCACUGGCGCGGGCGCGGGUGGAGCAGGAGCGGCUCCGGGCAGAGCAGGAGCGGCUGGGCCGGACACAGGAGGCGCUGGCCCAGGACGGGGCCGGACUGGCUGUGCAGAUCGCAGCUGCCCAGCGCCAGGAGCAGCACCGCGACAGGGAGGCGGCCGGACGGGGGGGGGGGGGGGGAGGGGGUGCCGGGGUCUGGGGUACGGGGUCGGAGAAGGAGGGGCUGGAGAGCAGCGUUUUCCAGCUGCAGCAGGAGCUGGUCCAGCUCCAGGCCCGCAAUCGGCAGCUGGAGACCCAAGGCCAGACACUGACCCAGGCCAAGGAGGCGCUGGAGGCCCCCCCCGGGGGUCCUGCCAGCCCCUGGCUCCGCUCCCGCAGCCUGAAGCGCUCCGGGGAGGACAAGGAGCAGCGUCUGGCGCUGCUGGAGGCGGCGCGGGCGGCGGCCGAGCGGGAGGUGUCGGAGCUGCGGGCAGCGCUGCGGGGUCUGGAGCGCUCCCGCCUCGAGAGCCGCCGGGAGCUGCAGGAGCUGCGCCGCCAGGUGAAGGAGCUGGACAGUGAGAACAGCCGGCGGGGCCGGGAGCUGGGGGAGCUGCAGGCGCGGGUGGCCUUGGAGGAGCAGCGAGAGCAGCGGAGCCGCCGCGAAGCCUCCGGSCUCAGGCAGAAGGUGGCGGAGAGCGAGGCGGGCACCGAGGCUGUCCGGAAGGAGGUGAUGGCAUCCCCAGGGUCCCGGAGUGUCCCUGUGUCUCCCGCGCUGGCUGUCCUGUGUGUCCGGAGUGUCCCUGUACCAUGUGUCCUGUGUGUCCAGAGGUGUCCGGAGGUGUCUGGAGGUGUCCCCGUCCCGUGUCUGGAGGUGUCUGGAAGUGUUCCCAUCCCGUGUGUCCCGAGGUGUCCCUGUCCCACGUGUCCUGUGUGUCCAGACGUGUCCCCGUCCCGUAUGUCCAGUGUGUCCCUGUCCCCCCCGAGCUGGCCGUCCUGUGUGUCCCCAUCCCGUGUGUCCCGUGUGUCCCUGUCCCCUCAGGCCGUAGCUUGUUGCCUGCUGUUCCCUGUCACCCCCAUCACUGCUAUCCCGCGGUGUCCCCUGUCCCCGGGUGUUCCCAUUGCCCCACUGCUCCAUCCUCUGCGUCUCCGGGGGUCCCUGUUACCCCAUUGUUCCACGGGUCCUUAUGGGUCCCCCAUCACCCCAUU